UAUAAGGCGACGAACCGACGGCAAUCAGCAUCCAGUUCACUUCUGGACGCACCUGGAAUAUCUCGGAAGCAAAAAUGAGAAUUCUGGUCUACACAACAGCGAUCGCCCUGCUGGUCUCGGCCGUAUGGGCCGACGAAGCCCAGAAGAACGAGAAAGUAGUGGAAUCGCUGGAGGAUAAGACAACGAAGAAACAAGAAAAGCGCGGCCUGUUGGGUCUCGGUUAUGGCUACAGCUACGACGGUGGAUACGACAUCGGCGCAGGAGGUGGACACGGUGGUUUGGAACUGAACGGUGGAUACGGACACCUGGGAUACUCCGGUGGCUACGGUGGACACAUAUUGGACGCUGGACACCACGAACACGUGAAGACCGUGACCGUCGUGAAGAACGUAGCUGUUCCGUACCCCGUUGAGAAGCACGUGCCUUACCCCGUCGAGAAGCCGGUACCGUAUCCAGUGAAGGUUCCAGUACCACAACCGUACCCCGUCGACAAGCCCUACCCAGUCAAGGUCCUCGUGAAAGUUCCCGUCCACGUACCACAACCUUACCCAGUGGAGAAGAAGGUACCCUACCCGGUCCACGUGCCCGUCGAUCGUCCAUAUCCCGUCAAAGUUCUGGUACCUCAGCCUUACCCAGUCGAGAAGCACGUACCGUAUCCGGUAAAGGUUCCGGUACCACAACCGUACCCCGUUGAGAAGCCGUACCCAGUGCCAGUCAAAGUUCCGGUCCAUGUACCAGCACCCUAUCCAGUGGAGAGAUUGGUCCAUGUGAAGGUACCCGUCGACCGUCCGAUCCAUGUGCCGGUGCCUAAACCCUACCCCGUGCACAUCGAGAGGCAUAUACCGUACCCAGUCGAGAAGCCAGUGCCUGUAGCCGUCAGAGUACCAGUCGACAGACCGUACCCUGUACCGGUCGAGAAACCGUACCCCGUCGCCGUGAAGGUACCAGUUCCGCAACCGUACCCAGUUGAGAAGCCGGUGCCCUACCCCGUGGAGAGACCGGUGCCGGUCGAAGUUAAGGUUCCGGUAGACAGACCGUACCCCGUCCACGUGGAGAGACCAGUACCCUACCCGGUCGAGAAACCCGUACCGGUCGCCGUCAAAGUUCCGGUAGCUGUUCCAGUUCAUCAUCACGAUAGCGGCUACAGCCACGGCUACAGCAACGGCUACAGCAACGAUUGGUCAGGCAACCAUGGUUAUUCGUAUCAUUAAUCAGGAAAAUUGGAAUAGCGCUGCUUUGCUAGCCGAUCGGAGCGUGCAUCGGUGACCAAGCAGUCCAACACUUUUAGGUAACACAGGGAAGAGAGAGAGAUAGAAACGUAAACGAGUCGGAGGAGGAUGUUGAUGGUACGCGACGAUCCACAACGGCCUUCUUCUUGUACCUGGAUCGGGCGACGGGGAGGACUUCCGGCGGCGAACAGAGUCACUGUCAAAGGCUGCUCUCUUCGUACGGAUGGAUCGUAUCGAGUCCCCGCAACACAGCGACGCGUGUCACGGCUUCGAAAAAGGACCGGGCAGAUCCAUACUCGGAGGCUGCCUUUAGUGACCUUCGCUCGAAAACAGCUCGCUUAUCUCAUCUAUUUUUUUUUUUUACCGAUAUAGCAGAAUACAUGUAUUU